UAAACAGCCCUAUAAACGUCAAUAUCCUUAUCCUUGUUUUGUUGAUCGACUUGAACAUGAUGUGUUUCCCCUGUUUUUUUGCAAUCUAGUUACACGGCAAAUUCAUUAAAUUAUAGAUUUUCAAGUUACUGAUGUGCUUUCUGAGAACAUAAUUGUCCAAGAUGUCUAUGAACACUGCUCAUGCAGAUCAUGGAGUACUAAUCCAUCGAGGAGAAUGCAUUAUUUUAUUCUCCGACAAUGUGUCGGUGGACUUCUACGGCAAUGAGACACAUGAUCUUAAAGGCACGAAGCACGGGCGCAUGUACCUCACUACCCACCGCUUGAUCUUCAACUCUAAGAAUAAUAAUGAUAUUCUCCGGUCAUUCAGUUUCCCAUUUAUUGCCUUGGAGGAUGUCACAGUGGAGCAGCCAAUGUUUGGCGCUAACUACAUCAAAGGCAAGGUGCGAGCUCAACCGAAUGGCAACUUCAUCGGUGAAGUCAAGUUCAAGCUCACUUUCAAGUCUGGGGGAGCUAUAGAGUUUGGAACUGCAAUGCUUAAGGCUGCACAUCUUGCUAAUCGCCACACGGUGCCGGGCGCGUCUCCGCCGCCAUACUCGCCGCCGACGGGCCCCUGGUACGCGGCCCCGCCCCCUGCCUACGCGCCGCCACAGGACGGAUACUAUGGUUGGGUGCCACCCUACUCUGCGUUCCCGGACCAGCCGCCACCGAACUCGGUAUUCGUGUCAAACAACCCGCCGCCGUACCCCGGCGUGCAGGGCACAUACACGAACCAGCCAGACCCGAUGAUGGGCCUCCAGCGGGAAGGUGCGAGCGCCCCGCCCGGCUACCCGGGAUAUCCGGGCCAGGGCAUGCAGCCACCCGGAUAUCCGGGAAACCAGCCGUCUGGCUACCCCGGCAACUACGGUUACCCGGGUAACCAAUACCCGGGCAAUCCGCCUCAAGGGUACCCAGGAAACACAUCUCAAUACAACGGCAACCCGCCACAAGGCAGCUCCGCACCCCCCGGAUAUCCCGGCGGCUUCGCAGCGCCAGGCGCCUCGGCCAACAUGUCGUCAGCCGAUGCUAAGGCAAUGGAGGCGGCACGGAGCGCCUACUACGAUCCCAAUAGGCCUCAGACUGCUUAUGUGCCCCCACCUUACGAUCAGCCCCCGACUUAUCAGGAAUCGUUGUCCAAGAAAGAAAACUGAAGCACUGUCCACACUUCCACUUGCAACCACCUUCGCACUUGACUAAAGCUGAAGAGGAAAAAGAUAAGAGGAGUAAAUAAAAAGAAAUGAGGGUAAGAAGAAUAUUCACUUCCGAUCUCAAUCCUAGCACAGAAUUAUGUUAGAUGUAUUUUAUUGAUUAUGAAAUAAAAAUGAUAAGCAAUACAAAAAUCUGAAUGAUUAAUUGUUCACAUGUUAUUUCAUUGUUGAUUAAAAUAUUCAAGGCGUCAAUUUGUCAGGUAAAUAUCGGAAGUAAAAUUCUCGGCUAGAAAUACUCGAAAGGGUACAUCCACAGAGUAUUUUUUAUGGCUUGUUACAAUUCAGUUUAAACAUAUAAAUUAUAACUUAGGUAUCAUAUAUCUUGUAUAUCUCAGCGAUGGACACAGCUUAAAGGCCAGCUAGCUAUGUUACCAUUAAAAUUGUAUUUUAGUUGUCUUUGAUCAAGCAUACAUUCCGGAAUGUCUAUAAAUAUGCGUAAUUUGGCUUUAAUAUCGAAGCAUAGUUAUUUCAAUGUGAUUAAACGAAAUUUAGGGGACUGAUAUAUAUUAUAAAGUAGAUUUUCUAUAUACAUUACAAAACUAAAUAAUGGCUUGUUGUUUAAUUUACAAUAAUAGUUUAUUUAAAUGAAAUUACAAUCGUGUAUUUACCUCUCUGUAUUUAUUCUCGAAAGUAUUAUACGGAUGCCAUAUCGGCGUUACAUGUAGAGUAGUGUUAGUGGAUGUAUGAUAAAUAAUAUUAUAAACAAAUACGCAUAAGUUUAUAUUAUUAUUAAUGUUCAACUUGGUAGUACCAUUUCUUAGAUUCUGUGUUAUAUGUUAAUAAUUUAUAUUGGUGCACAGAUGUGACUAUGUAAAGGCAGGUAUUCCUUAUAGCCUAAGAGCCAGCGGUCGCCAGACCUUCGUCAUUUCAUUUAUAAUCUGAAAGAUUCUCUUCGCAUAGUCCCCAACGCUGGCUCUUGGUUCAUUACUCUUGUAGUAGCUUAAAAUAAUAUUGAGAAAUAUGAAUGAUACCAGUAACUUAGGUAGUGUACUGGGGAGUGGUUUGUUAAAUAUUGUUAUUAAUUUUAAAUAUUUUAUUGAGCAAAUUUGAGGCGCUCGUAUUGUAAAUUAAUUAUAAUUAUUCAGCACAUGCAAUAUUGUUGCAUUGAAAAUAAAUAGCUUGCUUGUAAA